AUGCCUGUGGGAAUGGCCAUAGAAGAGCAAGGAGAACGAAGCAGGCUUCAAGAAAGCACCUGUGACUAUACCUCAGUCAGCAUCUUAGGCUGCUGUCUGCCGUCUAUCAGGCAUUGUACCCAGGCUCCAGCACAGCAUGCUCGCAUGAAUGUACAGCUACAGUACCUAGUCAUGUCUCAUCGAGUGCCUGGACAUGCUGGCACGCAUGAGCAACCUGUUAUAGUGCCAAACGAUGAGCCAUCAUCACAGGGGUACCGGGAGUCUUGCAUCCAUUCAGCUUGCGCAGAAGACGCAGUUCACCAGCUGCCUAUACCAUGCUCGUUGAGCAUCAUGCCCCGCUCACGUCGCAGUUCAGGCAGCAGAGAGGCGCUUGACGGAACCACAUCCCGACUUUUCUUCUUCCGUACAAUGCGACCCGCUAGUAGUAGUGGUUUUUCACACGGCCCCACUCAGCUUGCCCCUGGAUGUUACCAAGAGCUUACGUCCUGCAAUGUAUGGCUCCGGCUCGUUUGGGAGGCGCAUCGUCAAACAACUCGUCAGUCUAAGAGACGCUCCCUGGUAGCGGCUUUGACGACGACAGAUGUCCUGCAAUGUAUGGUUCAGACUCGCUUGGAAGGCGCAUCGUCAAACAACUCGUCACGGGUCCUACUCCUUCGUGGUGAUGUUUUGUUCACUCUCGCGAUUCCUCGUCCAGUCAUUGCAUUUCCUUUGAUCAGAAUAGAACAGACUGACCUUGCCGUAAAGCUUGAGAAGCCUUUCCGUCUUGAGGACUGUAGAUCAAAGGAAAGUAUUGUUGGUAUAGGGGGUCGAAAAGGUAAGCCACGGAUGACCGGGGCCCGAAAAUGGGACCAACCCUCUUCAUGCUGCUCAGGGAUGAAAUCAGGCACAAUCAGAGAGGCUCAGGCUUGA